ACAAAAUUAUAUGGUUCCCUGUUGCCCCGCCCGAUCCUCGAUUUCGCCAUUCUUGUGGACCUCGUCCUCCCGCUCCCGCGGCCGUCUUCUUCUUCUCCGGCGGGCCAUCGCAUCGCAGAAUUGUAAUCCGCGGUUAGGGCUUGGGCUCGGGAAAGAGUUUUUGAGAGAUCAAUCCGUGUUUGCAUCGGAGGAGGAAGAUAAUGAGUACGGAUCUGGUUUCGCCGAGCUCCCGAGGAAAUCUGGACGAGCAGAUUUCUCAUCUCAUGCAGUGCAAGCCCUUGUCUGAGUCUGAGGUUAGAGCGUUAUGUGAAAAAGCCAAAGAGAUACUCAUGGAAGAAAGUAAUGUUCAGCCAGUAAAAAGCCCUGUUACCAUUUGUGGGGACAUUCAUGGGCAAUUUCACGACCUUGCUGAACUCUUUCGGAUUGGUGGGAAGUGUCCUGAUACUAAUUAUCUCUUUAUGGGAGAUUACGUGGACCGUGGCUAUUAUUCUGUUGAAACAGUGACUCUUUUGGUUGCUCUUAAAGUACGUCAUCCUCAGCGAAUUACUAUUCUCAGGGGAAACCAUGAAAGUCGACAGAUCACACAAGUCUAUGGGUUUUAUGAUGAGUGCUUGCGGAAGUAUGGGAAUGCUAAUGUCUGGAAGACAUUCACGGAUCUCUUUGACUACUUUCCUUUGACUGCAUUGGUUGAAUCGGAAAUAUUUUGUUUGCAUGGUGGGUUGUCCCCGUCUAUUGAGACCCUUGAUAAUAUAAGAGGUUUUGAUCGUGUUCAAGAAGUGCCACAUGAAGGCCCCAUGUGUGAUCUUUUAUGGUCCGACCCUGAUGAUCGCUGUGGUUGGGGCAUAUCACCACGAGGUGCUGGCUAUACCUUUGGCCAGGACAUAUCUGAGCAAUUCAACCAUACUAACAGUCUGAAACUGAUAGCAAGAGCCCAUCAACUAGUUAUGGAAGGAUAUAACUGGAGCCAUGAACAAAAGGUGGUUACCAUUUUUAGUGCACCAAACUACUGUUAUCGCUGCGGUAACAUGGCCUCUAUCUUGGAAGUCGAUGACAGCAAUGAACAUACAUUUAUUCAGUUUGAACCAGCUCCAAGAAGGGGAGAACCCGAUGUUACCCGGAGGACUCCUGAUUACUUCCUUUAAAGGCAUCUGACAGUUGCUGGUCCAUUGAAGAGUCAUCUCCUGGGCUAAGUAAGACAUAAGGUACCCUAAAGCCCGAGGCUCAUGUAAAAUGGUACAGAUCCCACCCCACCCCACCCGGAUUUGAGUCACUUUCUAACCUGUAUUAGGCAUAAUAGAAGUGGGGAAGUGCUGCAGCAGCAUUGCUGCAUUGUGUCAUUUUAUGGAUCAUCCCCCCCACCCACCCACCCACCAAAUCCCCCUUGUUUUUUUAUUCAUUAAACUUUUAUUUUCUGUGUUAAUGAAUAUCCAGUGUGUUUUUACCAUAUGAGGCUAAGAAUUCUGUUUCUGCUUUGCUAAUUAACUAUGUAUGUGUGUGGUUUUUAAUUUCUUUUGUUUUACUUGUGUUUUUUUGCCAUUUCGUGAAUUGUAGUUUCAUCAAGGGACGAAUACCAUUCUUUGUGGAACAUAUUUGAUGAUGUAUUAUUUUUCUUUCAAUGUGAGGGAUUGUGCUUUU